CGGUUGCUGCUGGACGUAGCGAGACGAUUCUCACCGUUCCCAAGUUCAAGCUGUGCUCGAAAGUGUGUUCCCGGCCGCGCUCAACAACACACGGUUAGUACUCUGGUAGCCUGGAUGCCCCCCUGUUCGCGGAAAACCGUUUUUGUUGUGUCCGUUCGCGGUUUAAUGCGCGGUUUUAUCCGAAGAAGUGAAGUGUAGUGUUUUGGUUUUUUUUCGCGUGCAAUUGUUGGCGGUGUGGUGGCGGUAGAAACGCGCCCUAGCCACGCUGAAUGCGGUUAUCCUGAACUUGAACUGCAAUCGAAAGGGCCCCAGCCCUCCCCGACCAAAGAGACUACCAACCACCAUCACCACCACCAAAGGAGAAAGCUCAGUGCCGUCUUCGACCGGUCGGGGAAGUGAAUACGGUUUUACUUCCGUGGGUAGACCACAAAGUUUUUCGGUUAGUUGUGACGGGGUUUCGGUCGGAUUUGACGUGAGGUGAGCAGUAGUUACUGAAACACUGGAUUUUAGUGAAAACUAUGCAUUAAAAUUAAGUGCCAAGAAGUUCCUGCCCGGUAGUGGAACACAGCUGAAGACGUGUUUCAGUUCUCCCCUUCGGUUAAAAUUAAAACAGUCGUUUGAGUGUAUGCGAAAAAACCCACCGGUUUGGCGCUACGCAGUUGAAUCACGCACAUCAACGUUCGACAGCGAUCUACUGGCAAUUGACCACUGAAUAAAUCCACGCCGAAUGACUAAUAAUCAAUUGUGUCAACUUUGAAUGGUGUCCGUUUGUGCGUUCGUUCGUUCGUUCGUUCGUUCGUUCGUCCCUUCUACCCGUCCGCGUGGGGUGAGAAUUACCGAAAAGAUCAUCGCGCGAGUUGUUAGUAUUCAACACGGCGGUUCGUCGUUCGUCGGUCAGAAGAUCGUAAGUGAGUAAUCAAUUGAGACACGACCACCACCACCAACCCGGAACGAUCUCACCGACAUCCGUUUUGUUCGAUUCUGUGAAUUGUUUCGCGUGUGCCGCUUGAGAAAAAAAAAGCCUUCAAAAUUGCUCCGAAAACUUCGUUCCGAAUGCAUUUGCCCAGCGGUGGAACGACGGUAGCAUCGAUAACACCGGGUGGCGGCAGCAUCAGCAGCAGCGUCAGCAUCAGCGCGAACCCCGCACCGACCGUCGCUGCUACCGAGUGGGACAUCUACAAGGACGAGGAGAUGCUGGAACCGCCCGCCGGAAGUAACAACAAUGCGGAAAACAGUUCGCCCAGUCCGGGCGAAACCGGCGAUUUGUGGUGGAUCGAACGGUUGGUGAUGGAGGCCCAACAGGAAUAUCCGGGAGAGUUGGUACGAACCGGUAGUCCCUAUUUUCUCUGCUCGGCGCUGCCCAACCACUGGCGAUCGAACAAGACCCUACCGAGCGCCUUCAAGGUAGUCUCGCUCGGUGACGUCUGCGACGGGACGAUGGUCACGAUCCGGGCCGGUAACGACGAGAACUUCUGCUCCGAACUGCGUAACUGCACAGCUGUGAUGAGGAACCAAGUGGCCAAAUUUAAUGAUCUCAGAUUCGUGGGCCGCAGCGGGCGAGGGAAAAGCUUCACACUGACGAUUACCGUCUCGACGACGCCUCCCCAGGUUACGACAUACGGCAAAGCAAUCAAAGUGACCGUCGAUGGACCGCGAGAGCCCCGUUCCAAAACCAAUAUGCCUCAACUGCGACCUCCGCCGCUCCACCGGUUCCUCGAGCAGCCAGCAUUCAGCCACUUCCCGGCCCGGUUCAAUUCCAGUUCGAGCAAAGCGUCCCUCAAUACGUACAGUGCGGGUUCAAAUCUUCACCACGGCAGCAACAGUGGCAGUUCCAGCCUGAACACCAGCGUCGAGUCGACCAGCGAUUACAAGCCGAACAUUACCCUGCCAGAUUACAGCAACGCGACAGAUUGGCCGAACGGUCUCAACUCAUCGUCGACGGCGGCUUACGCUAGCAAUUAUUCGCCGAUUCAGACGACACCGCCUUCCUACGGCGGGUACGAUCCGUGUCCGAUGGCAGAACAUCCCAACUACAAUCUUCCCACAGUCCUUCCAGAUACUGCCCAAACCUACCAGGAAUACUACAGCCUUCCACCGGCGUCCAGUUCGACACCACAUCAAGCCAUGUCCCAUGGGUAUGUGUCGAAGAGCACCGACCUGGAUGGAUCCUACGGACCCUACAGUCAGUGGGCAAACGGCUACGGAAGUUAUCAGUACAACACGACAUGUCCUCCACCGUUGCCACCACCGCAACCGCAGUACCCAUCGACGGCUCCGGCCAUGGUUCUUUGCCCUCAGAUGUUUAGCACGGUCAACCAGAAUCAAAUCCAUGUGCACCUGCACGGUACCGGCAGUGAAAAACUUGAACAAUACCUGGGAGGCUCGGAGAAUGGAUUUACGAUCAAUCAAGUUCCGCCCGGCGGUCCGCGACCUCCGACAUCGGCCGUCGAAAUCGGUAUCGGCACCCACGACAGCAGCCUCAUCGGUCACGACGGCAGUCAGCAAACGCAACAGCAGCAACAUCCGGGCGAUGUUGUCAGCGAUCCACAGGAAAGCCGCGAGGAAACGGUCGCCGGCGAUCCGAGCAGCGUUUGGCGACCCUACUGAUGCUACGAGUUCUAAAGGCUCUCUUCUAGACUGAUUUUUUUUUGUUUGAAAUCCUUGGAUGCUUCGGGUUGCAAUCAAAAUCGGAAGCAGUUGCACACCGUUUGUCAACGCAGAACCAAUCGCUCAAAUACUGUUGAUUGUAGGAUUAGGAAUGACGUACUCUCUAUUUUGAACUAUUGUUUAGUAGCUAAUUUUCAUUCUAGGCUAAUUUAUACUGAGAUCGGCGGUGUCUGAUCGGACAAAUUUCACAAAGCUGUGUAGAGAAACUUGUUUCGUAUGCUUAAACAAACAGAUUAAUGUAACUUGUACAGUUCGAAGAAAAAACAGUGAAAUGGUAGAAAAAUGUAAAAUAUCUCAAUGAACCCGGUAGUUGAAUGUUGAAUUUAUAAUAAAUCUUUGUACAAAA